UGACCAUGACGGCGGCCAGCACCACAUACGGCGUCGAGGCAUAUUGGGCGAGAACAUAAUCACAAUGUCGAGCAGUACUAGUGUCGGUGAGCUCCGAAUCCAAGACUCGUGCUCGCUGGCCGGUACUCAGUGGCCUACUCCUCCCCAGGCAGUAUUAACGCCUGAUGAUCCCUCAGCCGUAGAACCAGCACGUCGUCGGUUGGCUACGAAGACUCGUUUUCGUGUAUUUUCUUUCCUUCCAAACCCUUUCUCCUGCUGUGGCUCCAGGCAUCGCAAACCACAACCAACGGAUUCAGAAUCCAAGGCAGACGGCUCAAACAAGUCCAUAGAGCAACUACCACCCCUCGAACAAACCAGUGAUAAUACCGCCACAAUCACUUUGGACCUCUCAGGUAUCUCAGAUAUCCCUGGCAUUGAUAAGGACGUGUAUCGUUGGGCUGUUGUGUAUGAAAAUCAAAGGGGCCUCACCGUACUCUCGUCCCCGUAUUACUCACACCUAUCACUACUUCCUAUCGAUCCUCCACAAUUUACUAUUCCGUCCGAUUCUCUGAAACGAUCUCGGCAACCGAACAUCUCUCUCUCCAAUUAUGCCCUGCCCGAUGGGACUUGGCGCUGGGUCUCCAGAUCAUGGAUGAUUGAUAUGCGCACAGACUCAGGAGAAGUUCAAUAUGACGGUUUCGAGUACAACUGGUUUUUUCGGGAGAAACACUGGCACGCAGAGAUCGGCAAACUAAGCACUGGUGCCUGGGUACGGAGAAGACGAUGGGUAAGACUGAUGAUGCGUCCAACACAGCAUACAAUAGCACACUCGGAAGGAAGUCCAAGUCCAUCUACUAGCAAGAGCAGGCUGUCUGACCGGCCUUUGGACACAAAUUUUGUCUCUCUCGUUCACCCCCAAUCAGAGAUUGCGCUUGACGAGCUCGCUCGCUCGGUCGACCUGAAAUGGGAAGGAAGUGAACAAGACUGGGUGCGCUGUCACCGCCUGAUGCGAAGGCUCGGUCGAGAUGGACGCAAACUGGAACUUUGGCGCUUGUGGCUUUUGCCAUACCUCUCUGAUGUUUCUAAUACCGAACUGGUGGACCAAGGAAAGCUCCCUGAACCUGAUUCCUCCCCAUCUAUGAGAUUGGAAUAUGAUGGCUCCAACAUCCAAAUUCCACCUCUGGAAUACUUGGGAGCACUUCUCCAGAACCACGGAGAUGCAGUACUCCGAUCAUUUGUCUUCCCAGAUUCAAGAGCACAAUUCGUCAAUCUUGUAAAACGUGCCGGUCUGGCUCGUGAAUUAGGACGAAGUCUCGGAGACGGGUUCUCUUCCACUGAGGUUGACUUCUGGAGCUACUCGAAGGGCUUGGGCAAAGUACUUGACAAAUAUGAAUAAGCAAAGCGGGGUCGGGGAGCCGAGGACUAGAAGGAAAAUAUCUCUGAUGAAGAUGUCGUGGCAAAAUGUUUUGGGCCUAAACAACAGGGUACUACCAUACAGAGUCAUCGCAAGACUUUUCCAUGGGGAUCACUAUACUUACGGAUGAUCGAUCAUAUCAUUAUGCCAAUAGUAAUAUGUACAAUUUAUGUAAAUACUGUACAGCAGUGAGGUUGCAUGUGAUUGCAACACCUUUUGUA